CCUGACGACUACUUAAAUCUAGAUAUAUUUAGCGAUGGGUCCACAUCCACGGUAAAGACAUGUUAAGUUCCUUUUGAAUGAAGAAGAGAGGGAGGGACUCGCAGCUUUCAGCAAAACCUUUCCCACCCUUCUAAACCCAACUCCCAAACCCAGAUAAAGAUGGAUGCAGCAUCUGAGCGUUACAGUUACAACCCCAUAUUGCGAUGGAAUCCUCGGGUGGAAGAUUACUUCAUCAAAGCCUACGGGUCUCUUCAUUUUGCUCAAAUCUCCAAAGCCUUAACGUCUCAUGGUGAGGAAGGAGAUUUAGUUGCAGUUUCAGUUGCUGUGGAGCAGCCUGUGCCUGAUGGUGGAUGGGAACUUGGUAUAACACGUGGAACUGUUCUGCAGGGACUGCAGACAGAUCCUUAUUACUUUGAACUAAAUGGAUUAUACAUUGGUCAAGGAACAACAAUGUUGUCAAGAGCUGGGAUCUUUUGUGCUUCUCAAGGAAUUGCUGUUGAUAUGAAUAAUCAAGUAUUUAAGUUGCCUUUGUUUGAUGAUGUGCUUGAGGGGGAAAUAUUUCUUCGAAACCUGCCAAGCAUUGUCACUACUCAUGCUCUUGGCUUUGAAAUCUCUUCAGUGGAGAACUAUUAUGAAGCACUUUUUACAUGUUCUGGAAAUUGGAAAUUAGGCACUGAAGAACAUUAUGGUGGAUUUUAUUAAGACACAAAUAGGCAGUUCAAUUUUCUAGUGGUCUACUUUUUGAUUUAGCUUGAAUAGAAUGACGUCCAUCUGGUUGUGAUUGGGUGUAGAAAUUUAUCUACCGAACUGGUUAUUCUUACGGAAUUCAGAAUAGGAGGGUGUAGUUAAUGCUCAAUUCGCUGUUUGUUUCACAGCUUAAUGAGAUGUGUUAUGUUGUACCAUCCUUUUUGUUCUUUGGUGAUUGAUUCUUUGGCCAUUGUUGAUUGUGCUUUUUCUAACCGACAAUUAUUUGGUGAUGCUGACUUAGAGAUUGGUUAAGAACUAGGGAGGAGGAAUUGGUUCAGAGGUUUGAUUCCUCAUCUCCACUUGAUACUAUUAGGUUUUUCAUAGCCACGUUUGUUGUAGGCUCCAAAGACACCUGAGUUGAGUUUGUGAAAUGAAGCCAAGGCCUUAGACCGUUGAACAAAUUAUAGUGUUCGAAUGGUCUUUCAGUGUUGUUAGUAUUUUUCCUGUGCAGAGAGCAAUUUGCUGUGAAAGAAUCAAGAAAAGAAUGGUCAGAGCACUCUUUUUGUGAAGUAGAUUGGUGGUUAACUCAUCUAAUUGGAUCAGUUUUUGUUUGCUGUGAAGAAAUUUGUUGGAUGAAUUAUUUUUCACGAAGAAAACUAAGAUCCAGGAAAUAUGGUCUUUUUUACUUUGUGA